UCCCCAUGACCAAAGUGGGGAGAGGAGGGCAGAGGUGGGUGGUCGGAGAGAAAGAAGGUUGGGCUACACAUCUUAUGAAAUGCAUUCAAAUGAGGCAGAAACAAACCUACACAGUGACUCUGGAUUUGCCUCCCUCCCUGCAUUUCUGACUCUCAGCAUGGAGCUGGUGCAAGUGUCUGGAAAAAGAGCAAAAAUGUCGGUCUCGGAUUCCAUGCUCUCCUUCUAUCAAAUGGUUUCCCGUAGAAAAAGAAUAACAGCCGGUGCCUGUAGAGAAUCGAACUUGCGUCGCUGCCUUUCCACCUCGGACUUAGUGGCUCUGGGUGUGGGCAGUACGUUGGGUGCAGGGGUGUAUCUCUUGGCAGGGGAAGUAGCCAAGACCAGCGCGGGCCCCAGUAUCAUCAUUUCCUUUCUGAUUGCUGCUCUGGUGUCCAUCCUGGCAGGACUGUGUUACGCUGAGUUUGGAGCCCGGGUGCCUUUAACCGGAUCAGCUUAUCUCUACAGCUACAUAACAGUUGGAGAGCUGUGGGCAUUCGUCACCGGUUGGAACCUCCUGCUCUCCUAUAUAAUUGGUACCUCCAGUGUAGCCAGAGCAUGGAGUGCUACUUUUGAUGAGCUCCUGGGCAAACGGAUCGGCACCUUUUUCAGCACCCAUAUGGCCAUGACCUCUCCGGGACUAGCUGAAUACCCUGAUAUCUUUGCUGUUUGCCUCAUUGUCCUACUGACAGGUCUUCUCUCAGUUGGGGUAAAAGAAUCCACCACAGUGAAUAAAGUCUUCACAGCUGUCAAUGUGCUCGUCCUUCUAUUCAUUAUAAUCAGUGGAUUCAUCAAAGGGGACCUGAAGAAUUGGAAGAUGAGCAAGAAUGAUCUGUUAAUGACUGCUACCCUCAGAUUUAGGAACCAAUCCGGCAAUGGAACCUGGGACUUUGGGGCUGGAGGGUUCAUGCCCUAUGGCUUCAGUGGGACUUUAGCUGGAGCUGCUACCUGCUUCUAUGCUUUCAUUGGGUUUGACUGCAUUGCGACUACAGGGGAAGAAGUAAAGAACCCCACAAAAGCCAUCCCAAUGGGGAUUGUUCUCUCUCUGCUCAUCUGCUUCUUAGCCUAUUCCGGUGUUUCAGCUGCCUUGACCCUGAUGAUGCCUUACCACCUUUUGGACACCAUGAGCCCUCUGCCAGUGGCUUUUGAAUACAAUGGAUGGAGCAUGGCCAAAUAUGCUGUAGCUGUGGGGUCCCUCUGUGCUCUGACCACCAGCUUGCUAGGUUCUAUGUUCCCGAUGCCACGGAUUUUAUUUGCUAUGGCCAGGGAUGGACUCCUCUUUCAAUCUUUGGCCAAAGUGAGCAGCCGACAGAGCCCAGUGAUUGCAACUCUGGUGUCUGGAGCUGUUGCAGGUUUAAUGGCUUUCCUUUUUGAUCUGAGGGCCUUGAUUGAUAUGAUGUCCAUUGGGACAUUGCUGGCCUACACACUAGUAGCUGUCUGUGUUCUUCUCCUCAGGUACCAACCUGAUCCCAGCUCCCUUGGCCCACCAGAAAAGAAAGGUCCAAGCAGAAUACCUUGGGUGGACCUCCUCAUCCAUCCUCAGAUGAUCCCGAACCACAGCUCCUCCACACUAGUGUCCCAUUCUGUGCUUGUCAUUGCUGUCCUAGUCUGCAUCACGUGUGUGCUGAGCACAGCAGGACUGCCAUGUUUGUUAUCUGGAGGUGCCUGGUGUGUCACCUGCCUUGUUCUCCUCUUCCUGGGGAUUCUGGUGGUGUCCCUAAUCAUCUGGAGGCAGCCACACAGCCAGAAGACAGCAGACUUCACGGUUCCCUGUCAGCCAUUCUUGCCCAUCCUCAGUGUCCUGGUCAAUAGCUACCUAAUGGUCCAACUCAGCGGUGACACCUGGCUUCGGUACAUGGUGUGGAUGGCUAUUGGCUUCCUAAUUUACUUUGGCUACGGGAUCCACCACAGUGCAGAGAGAUCCAGCCACAAAGAUCCAUCCCCAGAGAAGACAAAGCAGGCAACAAGUGACAUGGAUCCAGCUGUCACCUGGGAAAAAUAACUCUGUGGUGUGGAGCAACUGUCUUCCCUGGUGAAAGGACUUCAUAAGAAUGGGAUUUCACCCUUCCCUUAACUAUCUAUAGAUGUGUCUAUUUGUAGCACUCCAACCUGGUGCUCUCCAGAUGUUUUGAGCAACAACUCCCAUCAGCUCUGGCCAGUGCAGCUAUACGUGCCGGGAUUGAUGGGAGUUGUAGUCCAAGACACCUGGAAGGUAUGAGGUUGAGGAAGGCUACUCUUGAGCGAAACUGGAUACUCACAGUUAAGUAAUGCAUGCCAUUCAUAUCCAUUGGCUGAGCUGGUGUAGCAUUGUGGCUGAGUUCACCAAGCUAAGUUACUGGAUGCAUGGAACAAGGUUCGCUGGUGCAA